AUGUUGGCGGAUGGUGAAAUAGUUGGAGAUGGGUCGUGGAACCUCACGAUCUACGUAACAGAUCUAAAUGAAAAACGCACCAUGGUCGUGAAAGGUGACAUGCACAUCGGCGGGGUUAUGCUGAAACUGACCGAGAGUUUUGGUAAAGAUUUCAAGAAGGACUGGUCAGACCAUGCCCUCUGGUGGCCAACACGUAACAAAUGGCUAUCACGGCCGAAACAUACGUUGGAUCAGUAUGGUGUACACGCGGAUGCCGCUCUUCACUUCACACCUAUGCACAAGCCCCUGCGCAUCCAACUACCUGAUCUGCGGUAUAUAGACUGCAAGAUUGACUUUUCUAUCGACACUUUCAGCGCGGUAGUUCAAUUAUGCAAAAGUCUUGGUAUAAGGCAUCCGGAGGAGCUAUCUCUCUGCUAUCCACUGGAGCCAUCGCACCUGAAACAAAACUACCAAAAUCUUAAAGAGGCUAAACGGAUAAAGUCCCCCCCUGACACGAAUACAUUUAUAGCGGCCACGCGAGGCUCUUCAAACAGCUUGGAUAGAUCAAAUGGGCCCUGUCCUUCCACACCGCCACCACCGAGGUCUUUGUCGGCUACUCCUGUGGCGUCACAACACAACGGUACACUACGUCGCUACGGUGGCCACAUAUACAGCACACAAAGCGAUGGCUCCAGCGACGGUGGUUACUGUGGCACCCCGCCACGAGCCGCAUCGCUGGACGCACUCGACUCGCUCGCUGACUUGUCGCUGGCUGAUUCGCCGGUGGCACCAGAGAGCCAGUCUAGGGAGUCUCUUCUCACACCCAAAUCACUCAUGGAGAGAGCUAGGAUGAACGUUGGAUGGUUGGAUUCAUCACUAUCUAUAAUGGAGCAGUACGUCCGCGAAUGGGACACGUUGCAAUUGCGAUUCAAGUUCUACUCGUUCUUCGAUCUGACACCCCGCGCGCAAGAUGCGUCCCGUCUUAAUCAACUGUACCAACAGGCGCGCUGGCAGAUCCUCAACCAGGAGGUGCACUGUACCGAGGAGGAGAUGCUAUUGUUCGCUGCACUACAGCUUCAAAUAGAGCUACAAACUCUUGCGGGGGGCAGCGUGGAUGCGGCCGACGGGUCACACAAUAAUUCCAAUACAGCAGCGCCGGAGGACGAAAUAGAAGCUGCGCUCAGCGAAUUGCAGGCGCAGCUGGAGGGGGGACCACCCGCCAGACACGAUAUCACACAAGUGCCUGAACUGGCCGGUUACCUGAAGUACCUCAGGCCUAAACGGUUCACAUUGAAGGCGUACAAGCGAGGUUGGGUGUCAUGUCGCGAUGGCGUUUUACGUAUACACUCGUCACGUGACGCUGCCGCUAAGGGCGAAGCGCCUUCUUAUGCAGUCGAAUUGAGGGGAGCUGAGGUAACACCUGAUGCUCACCCAGCAUCGGGAAGAUAUAGUAUCAAGCUGGAAGUGCCUUCGGAAGAUACUAUGCACGAGAUGUGGCUUAAAUGCGAAAAUGAGGACCAGUACGCGGAAUGGGUGGCGGCGUGUAGGCUGGGCGCACGCGGUCGCUCCCUCGCCGACGCGUCGUUCCAGACUGAGGCGAGCGCGGUGCGGACACUGCUCGCGUUACAGCGGCCUAAACCCGGCGCGGCCACCAACACCGCUCAACUGCCGCAUCUCAACCAAUUGAGACCAGAGAAUUACCUGGCGCCACGCUUCCUCAAGAAACUCAAGGGAAAGUUCACUCAACGCUUACUGGAGAGUCAUGCGAACGUGAAAGACUUACCUCUCUUGGAGGCGAAGCUGCAGUAUAUAAAAACAUGGCAGAAUCUGCCGGACUAUGGUCAGUCUCUCUUCGUGGUCAGGUUCAUGGGCCAUCGCAAGGAUGAGAUAAUCAGCAUCGCCAACAACCGUAUCAUGCGACUCGACCCUAACACUGGCGACCAUAUCAAGACAUGGCGGUUUAGUACUAUGAAGGCAUGGAAUGUGAACUGGGAAAUAAAGCACAUGAUGGUGCAAUUCGAAGAGGGCAAUAUCAUAUUUUCCGUGCAGUCUGCAGAUUGUAAAGUGGUGCACGAGUUCAUUGGAGGUUACAUAUUUCUUUCAAUGAGGUCAAAGGAUGCAAAUCAACAAUUGGACGAAGAAUCAUUCCACAAACUCACAGGAGGAUGGACGUAA